UGAUCUACACCCAUCAUGGGCAGGGAAAACUUUUAGGCUGCAUCUGCACCUCUCCUCUGGCCAGCCCUGGAACUUUUUUCCUCCUCAACUUUUGCUCUCCCCCUCCUGGACUUUAAUUGACCCUCUUCAGAGAACAUACGUGACGGUGACCCUUUGGUAUAUUUAUCCUUUUUCAUCUUCAGGGGAAUUGAACAUCCAGUCCAGACACCAGUUGUAAUAUCUUUUGGUUGUGGCAGUUCUUCCUUGUAGGGGCUCUGUGCAUGGACUCAUCCUCGACCAUCAGGACUCAAACAGGAUUAGUGAAGUGGCAGUCCAUGUUUGUUUUUUUCUCUACAACUUCGUUUUUUUUUUUUUUUUCCUAAGGGAUUAAUUACUGAAAUUACAUAUUCAAACCAGCAUGACUGAGCGAGUCGAAGGUACAGUAUCGACAAAAGUCUAACGCGAUCCUCCACCACAACCAUGGUCAUAGAGAGCAAAAACGGUGAGGCAGGACAGCCCCUAGUCAGGGUGUCUAAGAGGACCGUGACUGACGACCUGUACACCACCUUCAGUUCCCCCAUGGCCUGGAUCCUGGUCCUAGCCCUGGUCAUCACCUGGUCCUGCGUGGCCAUCAUCAUGUUCGACCUGAUGGACUACAAGGGCCUCACAGGAGUCCCCCCACCUCCCGCUGUCAGGAAAGCAAUUAAGGAGGCAGGGAGGUCUAGAGGAAGCAUUCAGCAUAUCAGCUCAGAUCCCAUGAAAGUGGUGAACGAGGCGGUGGAGGAGUCCACUGGCUGGGGCAACCUGCUUCUGACCUUUGCCUCCAACCUGGUAGCACCUGAGGAGGAGGAGGAAAUUGAAGGUGAGCUACAUCCGGGGAAGAAAAAAGCUGCAUUCAUACCGUCCAGAAAACAAGUAACGCCACCUGUUGAAGAAACAAUAACCCCGCUUUCUGAAGAGGCUAAAGAGACUGAAGUAGAGGAAAAGACAGAAGAGAUCCAAGAAGCACCAGAAGAGGAGGAGGAGACUGAGGAACCAUCUGCUGAACCAGAGCUGACAAUAGAGGAAGCUUUGGAAGAAGAAGUAGUGGAGGAAGAGAAAGUAGAGCCCGAAUCCAAGGAGGAGGUAGAACCCAUCACUGAUACCAAGGAAGAGGAGGAGGAGGUAGCACCAGAGCAUGGACUCAAGGAGGUGGUGGUAGCAGCAUUGCCUGAAGCCGAGAAGGAGGAAGAUGAGGUAGCUGAGCCCAAGGAGGAGGUAGAACCUGCAGUCAAAGAGGUAAAGGUCCAGCAAGCUGCUACUCCUGCACAUCAAGUAGUGUGCCCUUGUAUGCAUUCAUCAAAACCAAAAGAGCCUGAAAGUGAGCCAGCGGAGGAAAAAGCUAAACAUGUCAAGAGGAAAGUAGCCAAGCAAGCUAAAAAGGCCACUCCUGAUCGGAAGAAGGCCCCUAAAAAGGAACCAGCAGUGAGAACUAAGAGAGAACGAGACAUGUGCAAGCCAGUUGAGAACACAAAAAGGAGAGAGGUUGCAAGGCAAUUGGAGUUAGAAGAGGCGAUCAGAAAGAGAGAACUCAGACUUAAAAAGGAAGUGAAGGAGAAGUCCACAAAGAAAGAUUCUCAACAUGUAGAUGCGGGGGUACCUGCACCUGCACCAGUUCCCACCUGUCAACCCACACCAGUCUACUGGCCAUCAUCACCUCCUGGCUGGUAUCUGCAUCACAUAUUCACAGACAAUCCAUUCCCACCUACAACUAUGACAGCUCAUCCAACUCAGUCAUUUUAUCAAGCUCCUCCAGCGUAUCAAGUUUAUCAAGCUCCUCCAGCUCAACCAGCUGAACCAGCACCUGCACCAGCUACUCAACCAGCUGAACCAGCACCUGCAACUCAACCAACAGAUCCUGCACCUGGACUUGCACCGGAAACUCAACCAGCUUCAUGGACUCAAGAACCACAGGCUCCCAAAGAAGAGCAGACGGCUGCCACCAUAAAGAAGGUUCCAAAGGAAAAGACCAAGGCAGCUGCCCCAAAGAAGGAGCCAGAACCCCCUAAAGAAAAAGUUAAGAAGCAAGACGCGGUGGUGUCCAAAGAGAAGGUCAAACCAGCUGUUGUAAAGAAAGAAGCUGUUGUAUCCAAAGAAAAGACAAAACCUACCACAAUGAAGAAAGAGGUUGUUGUUUCCAAAGAUAGAGCUAAAACAACAGCUGGCAAGAAAGAGCCUGUGGAAAAGGGCAAAAUAACUCCUACAAAGAAAGAGCCUGCAAUCUCCAAAGAAAAAGUCAAGACAAGCACUACCAAGACAACCACAAGCACUUCCAAGAAAGUUGUUUCAGAACCUGAGCCCCUAAAAGAGAAAGCCACUCCAAGAGUCCCCACCAUGAGGAAAGGUAACCACACAAAUGUAGUGGUGCCAAUGGUAAAAGCCAUGGCAAGAGUUGUCGCUAUAAGACCCAUCCCUACAACAAAAGUGAAGGAGGAGAAGCUAUCCAAAGAACCUGAGACAGAGAAACCAAAAGCGGCAGAGAAAAAAGAGGUUGUUGUUUCCAAAGAUAAAGCUAAAACAACAGCUGGCAAGAAAGAGCCUGUGGAAAAGGACAAAAUAACUCCUACAAAGAAAGAGCCUGCAAUCUCCAAAGAAAAAGUAAAGACAAGCACUAACAAGACAAUCGCAAGCACUUCCAAGAAAGAAGCUGUUUUCUCCAAAGAAAAUACAAAACCUACCACAAUGAAGAAAGAGGUUGUUGUUUCCAAAGAUAAAGCUAAAACAACAGCUGGCAAGAAAGAGCCUGUGGAAAAGGACAAAAUAACUCCUACGAAGAAAGAGCCUGCAAUCUCCAAAGAAAAAGUCAAGACAAGCACUACCAAGACAACCACAAGCACUUCCAAGAAAGUUGUUUCAGAACCUGAGCCCCUAAAAGAGAAAGCCACUCCAAGAGUCCCCACCAUGAGGAAAGGUAACCACACAAACGUAGUGGUGCCAAUGGUAAAAGCCAUGGCAAGAGUUGUCGCUAUAAGACCCAUCCCUACAACAAAAGUGAAGGAGGAGAAGCUAUCCAAAGAACCUGAGACAGAGAAACCAAAAGCGGCAGAGAAAAAAGAGGUUGUUGUUUCCAAAGAUAAAGCUAAAACAACAGCUGGCAAGAAAGAGCCUGUGGAAAAGGACAAAAUAACUCCUACAAAGAAAGAGCCUGCAAUCUCCAAAGAAAAAGUCAAGACAAGCACUAACAAGACAAUCACAAGCACUUCCAAGAAAGAAGCUGUUGUCUCCAAAGAAAAGACAAAACCUACCACAGUGAAGAAAGAGGUUGUUGUUUGCAAAGAUAAAGCUAAAACAACAGCUGGCAAGAAAGAGCCUGUGGAAAAGGGCAAAAUAACUCCUACGAAGAAAGAGCCUGCAAUCUCCAAAGAAAAAGUCAAGACAAGCACUACCAAGACAACCACAAGCACUUCCAAGAAAGUUGUUUCAGAACCUGAGCCCCUAAAAGAGAAAGCCACUCCAAGAGUCCCCACCAUGAGGAAAGGUAACCACACAAAUGUAGUGGUGCCAAUGGUAAAAGCCAUGGCAAGAGUUGUCGCUAUAAGACCCAUCCCUACAACAAAAGUGAAGGAGGAGAAGCUAUCCAAAGAACCUGAGACAGAGAAACCAAAAGCGGCAGAGAAAAAAGAGGUUGUUGUUUCCAAAGAUAAAGCUAAAACAACAGCUGCCAAGAAAGAGCCCGUGGAAAAGGACAAAAUAACUUCUACAAAGAAAGAGCCUGCAAUCUCCAAAGAAAAAGUCAAGACAAGCACUAACAAGACAACCACAAGCACUUCCAAGAAAGUUGUUUCAGAACCUGAGCCCCUAAAAGAGAAAGCCACUCCAAGAGUCCCCACCAUGAGGAAAGGUAACCACACAAAUGUAGUGGUGCCAAUGGUAAAAGCCAUGGCAAGAGUUGUCGCUAUAAGACCCAUCCCUACAACAAAAGUGAAGGAGGAGAAGCUAUCCAAAGGACCUGAGACAGCAAAAGAGAAACCAGCAGCGGCAGAGAAAAAAGAAGACAAGGUAAAGGAUGUGAAGACAUCAGAUGCCAAAGCUAAAACCACACCCUCUGUGAAGACAGCCCAGCCCACUCAAGCACAUAAAGCUGAGAAGACUGAGAAGACUGAGCAGACUGAGAAGAAAGCUGUGAAGGAGGCUAAAGAGAAAGAAGUGAAGCCUCCUGGUAUAGCAAAAGAAUCUCAGACUGACGAGAAUGCAAUGGACAAGAAGAAGCAAGGUCAGAAAGUCUUGCAGUGUGUUUUAAUGGUUGGAAAGAAUGCCCACUACCCUUUGCGACCUUCCACCCCUGGUAUGACCCCUGUGUCGAUGAGCCCAGCCAUGCGGUCCAUGAUGUGGCAGCAGGCGCAGCAGCAGAAAGCCAGAGCGGCGGGGCAGUAGACUCGCUCCUCACCUCCAUGCUGCUCCCUCUAGUCGUCUGCACGGCAGCCUUAACCAGGAUAAUCAGGGACAAAAGGGGAAGGAUGGAUGGACAGUACAGUAUUAUUUAUUUUUCUAUGACCGGUCGAGCUCCCGUGAGUAAAGUCCCUGAACUCUUUUCUUUUACCUGUGGCUUUGCCGCUUUUGCUAGCGCUCAGCGCUGAGUCCUUUGUGAUCUAUGUUUUUCAACAGAUUUAUUUAUAAGAAAAGGAGUGUAAGUUAUGGCUAUAUAUUACCUUAGGAAGCAAAUGAAAUUGACAAUUUCUGUAAAUUUCAACCAAAUUCAAUGAACAUAUGCAUAUAAAUUGUAAUUUAGCUCAAGUUUAAUGUAUAUAAUGUACAUGUAAUAUCAACAUCUUGACAUUUUCAUUUGUUCAAUAAUUACUUCACGUUAUAAUUUUUUCAUUUGUUACUUUUAUCACAAUAUUCAUCAAGUUCAGGAUGACAAAACAUCUGUAAAUUGAUUUUGGAGUCAUACAUUGUCAAUGGCACUGUGAUAAAAAUUGAGUUUAGUUUUUAUUUCAUGUUUUGAUCCAAUUUUAUUAAGGAAACAAAUUGAACAUGCUAUACAAUAACAAAUUAACAAUAUAGCUCACUUUCUCCGAACAUGUCCAUGUCUGUAUGCUUCUGUUGAUGUGUGACAUUUCCUGCUAUAACAGGAAAUCCUAAGCCAUUUUUUAAGACUAUUGUAAUAGUUGAGCAUCAAAUCAACAGUGACGAUCUUCAUAAUCAUUUUAGAAAUUGUGUGCAUCACAGUUUGAUCAUGAAAGAGGAUCGAUAUUUGUAUUUGCCUAAAAAUGGCAGAAAUGUUUAUUUGAGCAUAUCUAUAUUUAGAAAGAAUAUUAUUAUUUUAUUUAAAAAAAUAUUCAUCAAAUUAGUUCGCCUGCCAAAGAUGACAAGAAGUGUUCACCUACAGUAAACGUUUCUACUCCUUGUCAGAUGUUAUUAGAUAAGGUACAGGUAUGUUACCACUAACUGUAGUUAUCUGACCAGAUCUGCAUAAAACACAUGGCUGAAGAACACUGCCUUAUCACUCAUUACACACACUGUUAAAGCAAGGUGAUGUUAUGUUGUCAUUUUUGUUUAAUAUGCUACUUCCAUGUAAAUAACUGUAUCAACUUGUAUCUUGCUGCUUGGCAUGUUGGUAAAGAAUUGUGGGAAGAUGAGUAUGGUACCAUUUCUCAUGGAUGCUCCCGUUGUUAACCAGAAUAACCUCUUCUCUCUCUCUCUCUCUCUCCUGGGGAGUGUGUGUGUGUACUGAGAAUGCAACACUAGAGGUCAAGUCAAUGACUGUCCACACAUUAUUUUUUUUACAACUAACAAUGAUUCUCGUGAGAUGGUGUUAUGAUGUCAUCCUGUGAUAUAUAGGUGAGGAUGACUUUAUCAUCGCUGUCAUGUUACUAUCAUUGGGCUUGCUGCCAUGCGCAGCAGCCUACUGCUGAAACAUGUUCAAGGAGGAGUGCCUUUAUUCUGAUAAUGGUGCUGCUGUGCUGAGUCCAGCGUAUCCAUUGUUGUCUUACUCAACUAAAGACUGAUGUCAGGAGUCCAUGUUUCAAGACCAUGUGAAAGAAACUAUUGGGCCUGAGAUCAGAUGUCCUUUAUACAGUAGAAGGGAAAAUAAGAAUGCUCAGUAAGUGGUGGCUUGAGAGCCCAUAUUGUGAAAGCCUGGUUACCUUCUCUAUUCAGCUAUUACAUUCCCAUCCCUGCCACUCCUGUCAUUUGCCAGCUUUGGUAAAUGACAGGAGUGGCAAGGAGUGGAAUGUUAGCUAAAAAGACUGGUACCUAGACUAUUGAAAGCCUGAGAGGGAAGGCCGAGAAACUCUACUUUGUUGUGACUGCAGCUGUCUCAGCCUGUUGUAUGGUAUCUACUAUCUAUCCAUACGUUUUGCAGUGUCACAUGCAUCCACAGUCCGCAACAACAUCUCGACAAAGUAUUGUGAAGUAGGCCAAAGGAAAAAAUCUUGACUUUGAAGUUCCAGUGCACCAUUUCCUGUACCACCAGGGGAAAUGCUGCUGUCUGUGUGCUGUGUGUUGUUUUCUGUGGAUCUGACUGAUGGAGGCAGAGUCCCCCACACUUAUCUACACUGCAACAACAGAGAUUACACUAAUUAUAUAUUUUUAUAAUUAUAACUAUGUCUUACCUUUCUAUUCUUUUGUCAGAGAAACAGAUUUACUCUUGGCAGAAUGGACUUGUUGGUUGACUGCUCUUACAUUAUGAGCUCGGUCAUACCAUCAUACCUUCCCAGUCAUUAAGUAUAACAAAGCAUUGACUAGACAACCGUACAGUAUGAGGUUUAAAUAACUGAUGUUUACUUGAUUUACAACAGUGCCCCUGGCACAUUGUGGAAUGUCUUGACAGAGUACAUACCUCAGAUAUACAUGAUUAAUAAGCACGGAUUCUGUACUGAUUAUGUUAGCUGUAACAAUGUCAUUUUAAAGAAAAUUAUUCACAAACUAAAUAUAUUUUGGGUUGUUUUGUUCUUUUGGACGAUUCAUUUUUGGUAAUUUCCUGUGUAUUAUGCAUGACUGUUAUUUAAAAAAAGACAAAACAUUUGGCAGUUAUUGUCUCUGGUUCGAUGUCUCAGUCAGACUGGUGAGCACUGUAGGACUUGAAAUAUUAGCUUUAAUCAUAUCUCAGUCAGACAUCAGUUGAGCUGUAAAGGAUGGAUAUAGAUCGCUUUACUAUGAGAUGUGUGUGCUCUGUUCAUUUGAGACUUCUCAUUAAUACAGAAGAGUUUCCUAACAUGCACGGAGGAAAACAAACUCUCAGCCUUAAAUAUCAGAUAUGUUCCCAAAGACUAAUUACAUCCCAGAUUAAAUGUCUUGCCAAAAAUACAUACUUUAUUUUGAGCUAUUCCUUUUUAUAGAUAUUUAUCUUGUCAAUGCUCUAUUGCUAGAUUCUGAGACUGUUUCUAAACUAUGUUUGUCUUCUGUGGCUACUGUAUGUUCUGUAAUUGAUCACAACAUGAUGCCACUGAUGCUGUUCUUAAGUUGUAGUUUUUUUGUUGUUGCAGUUUUAACAAAGUUCAAACCAUUAUUUAAACAGCAACAACACAUCAAUCAAUGCCCAAAAAUAUAUAUUUAAAGUAUGUUGUACAUGGUGCAUAAAACAAUCGAGAACUGAUUUAAAAAAAAAGGAUUUAUCAAUUGUUGCAGUAUUUAUAAGAAUGUAUUGUUUUUUUUGUUUUCAGAACAAUGUGCUCUUGACUUAUUUUGUUGUUAACUUCAUUUUUGUGUAUACAUUUAGCAAAACGUGGACUGCUCAUGGCAAUGCAAUGUUAGUGUUACAAAUCGAGUAAACAUGUCAAAAAAUAAAAAUAAGUCGGUUUGA